AUGAAUAUGAACAUUAGUAAUAAAAAAAACGAUGGUAGUAUUAAUUAUGAAAAAUCUUUGCAAUAUUGGGCAGACAUCCCACCCACAGUCGAUGGAGUGCUAGGAGGUUUCGGAUUUAUUUCGAAUAUUGAUAUUGAAGGUUCAGAACUGUUUUUAAAAUGUCUCUUCAGUUUGGAUAAUCCUCCUCUAAGAAAUACAGCCCUUGAUUGUGGCGCAGGGAUAGGGAGAAUAACAAAACUCUUACUUAUACCUCAUUUUGAAAGGGUUGAAAUUGUAGAACCUAAUGAGACCUUUAUUAAUUCUAUUAAAGAAUUUGUUGGAGAGCACGAGUCAAAAUUAGGUACUUUAUAUAAAGUUGGAUUACAAGAAUUUAAACCUAUUAGAAAAUAUGAUGUCAUUUGGGUACAAUGGGUUUUAGGAUACUUGACGGAUGAAGAUUUAAUAGCAUAUCUUAUACGUUGCAGGGAUGCCCUUGAAGAAGAUGGUGUUAUUGUAGUCAAAGAAAAUGUCACAUCAUCAGGGAAAAUUGAAAAGGAUCAUACAGAUUCAUCAGUUACAAGGACUUUUAAACAAUAUAUUAGUAUUUUCAAAAAAUGUGACUUGAAGAGGAUCAAGCAAUGUAAACAAGCAAAUUUUCCUAAUGUCGCGAGACGUGGGACGCCGCGGAAGUCAUUAGAAUGGAGAACUGCCGCUGCGUGUGACGGCGACGCGGCGUUAUGGAUACAAGGCUCCGACCGCCCGGUUAAGGGCGCCUUUUCAAGAAAUUUCCACUAUACCUAG